AUGGACUGCAAAAGGAGAGCUCAUCCCCACGGAGGACAGUGCCAGGCCUGGCACCGAGGCCACAGGGAUGCAGGUGGCCCUUGGAGUGCCCCAGCCCCGCUGUCCCGCCUGGUUGUCCCUGUGCUCCUGGCACUUGGCUGGCUCCUGGGAUGUGCCCUCAUGGUUUACAUUGUCUUCUCCUGAUGGCAGACAGAAGAAUUUACAGGGAUGUUGAUUAGAAGAACCUGGAAGUUCAACUGAGAUUUCUAAUGGCUAAAAUAAGUAUAAAAUGAGUUAUUUUUAAUAUCAACACUGUAAACAUGGUGUACGCUUUUUAUCCACAGUGUUUCACAUGUAAUUAGAGCUUUAGGAAGAGUCACCAAACCAAUUUCCCAGUUUCCACAUGGUUUGUAAUGGGGUGAGUGGUUUUGGAGUCCUGUAUAGGUGGACACCUGCCUACCUGCUGAAUAGCAAACUUUUAAAAUAGCUAAGGAGCUUCAAACUUGUUAGAAACAGGCAAGGGUUAAUUUCUCAUGGGGCCUGGGGAAGUAUUUUUAGCCUUAUUAUGGGGAAGAUCUAUUGGAAUCUAUUGUUAUGAAACAGAAAUAUGUACGUCCUUCGAACAGAAAACCUCAGGCUUUUUUAGGGUUGGGAGGGCUGUUGUACAGCUCAGUGUGCCUGGAAUCAUGGCUCAGGCUCGCUCUGGCCCCCUGACUGUCUUGUACUUGGGGGGGUUGUCUUUUUUAAUUAUAAUUGGAGAUAAUUAUAUUCCCCUUAUGGAUAAUGUGCCUUGAGAACUUCCAGCGACUUUGCCAUUUAAAUCAGAAAUAAUCGUCAGAUGAUCUGAGCUGCUGCAUUUUCACAGACAGCCUUGAGCUUUUGAGCAUGAAGGGUUUUAUACUGAAGAGUUGCAGUUCUCAGAAGACAAAAUCAUUAAUAAUUCAAUCCCCAGUUAAAGCAGAGAACUGACUGUGGGAGGCAUGUCUGGGAGAUCCCAGCAAGAUGAAUGUUUAAGGGAAUGUGAAAAAAACCUUAAUGACCCCUGGUGGGGUUAAACACAGAGAGAAGCUAUUUUUUUGGCUCCUGCUUACACAAUUUGUAUAAGUUUGAGAAUGUGAGGAAGGCACAUCAGUCAGACAUCCUGUCUCCAUCUGUGGGCACUGUCUGUUGUCCUUUAGGAAUGGAAACACAAACAUAUUUGUCUGUAGCGCAGCCGUGAACAUUCCUUGGCCGCUCCAGCAGCCUCAGCAACAGCACUCAAGUGUGACAUUCCCCUUGGGAAUUGUCCCAACACCGAGUUGCUUCACCUGCAAAUGACCUGAGGGCACAGGGGGAUGCUGUUUCAUCAGGUGUCCUGGAAGAGAGGGGACAAACCCUGCAGUCUCUUGGAGAGCUGGAGAUUCCCAAUCCCUGCAGCAAGUGAGGACCUCCAGCAUCACUGUCAGUCACUGCCAGGUGAGAACAUCCCCUCCAGCUCACCUGUACAGGUGGGCUGUGUGAGCAGACACCUCAUUAUCUCCUUUUCAGGACCAGUUCCUGGGUUUCUAAGACUGAGCCCACCCUGACUGAUCCCAGCUCUGACUGACACAGGGCCAGCAGAGACUCCAUAGAAACCAUGUCCAUGUUUUCACAUCUCAGCUCAUUUACCAGGCCUGGAGGGAAACGUUCUGAGAGAUCCUGUUGGCCCAAGUGGCUCUUUGGGUGUCUCACAACACUGGAAAUCGAAUGUUUCCAAUUAAAAUGUUACAGAGCUGAAAUAUAAACACUACAAUCUGGUUUAGCUUUACCUGAUUUUUGAGAGCAGAAAGAUCUGAUUUGGCAGAGCAAAACAAAAUAACUUUCUAGGCUGGCUUCAGUAUUGUCAGACUGACUCGCUGUGUACAAAGGGAAAGUUCCUGCCAGUUUUGUAGAAUAAUAAAAAGAGGAUUAUUCCAAGAAA